AUUCCAUUGACAUUGAUUAGAGAUGGUCGCAAGUUAUUCUCGAUACACAACGACAAUGGUAUGCUUGUUUUUAAUUUUACUUGGCAUUUACCAAGGAAGCCAAGCUUUAUGGACUCCUCGAGUUCAAGAAAUUACUCGGAAUGCAACCCUGAAAUCUGGCCAACGUUUUACUCUACCCUUUAUUUCCAGAUGGGGAUUAUGGGAUUGGGUGCCACGUAAUGAUAAAGACCUUGCUAAAUAUCGAGUGGGCAUCUACGGUGGAUGUAACUUUCACCACCAAUGUUACAAAAGCAGAGUAAUUUGGCCGGUGAAAGAUGGGGGGUAUACCGGUAGUGCUCAAAGACGAGAAAUUUGUUCAAAAGAACAAUGUGAAAUUGUGGGGUUAAACCUCAUAACAUCUACUGAUGUGGAAAUUAAUUUCAUUUUGAAUCGUACCCACAUGCUUACAAUAUGGGAUUCAUUAGCCCUAGGCUGUAUGUAUCCCAUAGUGUUACCAUGCAAGGGGUUUCUAUGGGAUGCUACCUCCAGGACAACUAGAUUCAAGGGAAAUUACAUACGAGUUUGGCAUUCGGAAGAUGCGAAUGAAUAUUGUGAGACUGAAUUAGAAACUGGGGAAAUUGGACGGUGUUUUUAUCUUUCUGCGGGAAAGACAAACAAAGCUAAAACAUGCCCAAGUACAACUAUUGCACCAGCUCAUGGUAUAUUGCUAGCAAAGGAAACCAAAACCUUGAUAAACGAAGCUCAUAUGGUGCGACAACGCAUUAAUUAUAACUUGAUGUCUCUUCUUACUGUUUGUGAUCAGUCCUAUUGGGGAAAUUUCACAAAAAUUAGGAGUUGGUUGGAAAAAGAAAUUAAAUAUUAUACCUCUAAGGAUCCUCUUGGAAGUCGAAAUCGUAAACCUCGAAGUAUAUGGGGAGACAUAGCGGGGGUAUUUGGCUCUGUCAAUUCAAUUAGUAAUACUGGUCAGCUGAACCAAUUAAGUGAGUACUCUCACUGGUUAGAUCCACAGUGGUGGAAUAAUGAUUUGGUGGAAGAGAGGAAUUAUGAACUCUUUGAAAUGGUCAAGAGAGUUAAAGCAAGCGUUAAGGCAGCUCAAGAGGAGGGAAUUCAAGCAAUGGGUCAUGUUAUCGUAGCGAAUGGAGUAGCUAAAUUGAUGUCUGAGAGGAAAUUAGCUUGA